GCCUCGCAGACCGAGAAAGACACGGCGGACUCCAUUGCUGUCCUGAGUGCGUUUCUCGCCGGACUUGGUGUUCUCCGUUACUGCGUAGUCCGCGCCUCCGUAUAACCGUCGUCUCCUGGUACGGGAAACCGUCGCGCGACCGACUGGGCCGCCCGGACGUUGUGAAAUAACAUAAAUAACGACUUUUCUUGUGUGCGGAUAACGCGGGUGGUUCGCGAGCUGAAUCUUCUCGUGCGUAGUCGGGAGACGGGAGAAAAGAGCCACGAUGGCUGACCAACUCACAGAAGAACAAAUCGCAGAGUUUAAAGAAGCGUUCUCGCUAUUCGACAAGGAUGGUGAUGGUACCAUAACCACCAAAGAAUUGGGUACAGUCAUGAGGUCCCUUGGUCAAAAUCCCACAGAAGCAGAACUACAAGAUAUGAUUAAUGAAGUUGAUGCAGACGGUAAUGGCACAAUCGACUUCCCGGAGUUCUUAACCAUGAUGGCACGUAAAAUGAAGGACACGGAUAGCGAGGAAGAGAUUAGGGAGGCCUUCAGAGUGUUCGAUAAGGAUGGAAAUGGCUUCAUAUCCGCGGCGGAACUCAGACACGUCAUGACAAAUCUGGGCGAAAAAUUAACUGAUGAGGAAGUAGAUGAAAUGAUACGAGAGGCCGAUAUCGACGGCGACGGCCAAGUUAAUUAUGAAGAAUUCGUCACAAUGAUGACAUCAAAGUGAAUGCAACCUGUGUAACAGAAGAACUCGCGACUCGGAGUGGUGUUGACGUAUUAAAAUAAAUCAAGAUACAGAGAAAAAACAUAUGUAAACAAAAAGAGAAAUCUACCAGAAAGUGACAAAUCUUGUAUCAGGAUGCGAAGAUGUCUAUAAAAGCGCGAAGAGUCAACGUCCGAUACCGCGUUAAAAAAAAUCGUCGUUUAACGAUAAGUAAUACAGGCCAAUUAAUUGUUUAAUUAAAGAGUUAUAAUACUAAAAUCAUUAUUUCUAAACACAAAUAUUUACGCGUGUGUACAUACACAACACGUCGAUAUAUACAACACAAUACGCUACACCAAACUCACUCGAGGAGUAUAAUACACACACACACACACACACACACACAAUUGACAAAUCUUAUUUCCAUUGGGUAAAAACGAAUUUGGAAGUGAGAUAACGCGAUACACAAUUUGCGCGCGCAUGUGCACCAACGACAAACAAAAAGUGCAUUUUUCCACUUUCCUCUCUUUCUCGACUGCCUCUCCUCCCUUCCCUAUCUUCUUAUCUUUCCUUCCUUCCGUCUUUCCUUCUUCUCCCGUUUAUCCCCUUCAUCCACUCCGAAAUUUUUUUUUUCUUUUUUUUUCUUUUUUUCAUGGAAAAGGUAUGUCGAAGAAAUGUAAUUUCUUUCGUAAACGGAGAGGAAACGUGUAUUUAGGGGACGAAGUAUAAAUCCAAUGUAAGAUAAUAUUUAAAAAAAGAAAAAAAGCAGCAAAGAUUUAUUUGCCAAUCGAGAGA